GUCCGUACCUGAAUAAACUCACGCGUGUCUCUCAUGUUGUCUUCAGGUGCUCUUCGUACUGGGCUAUAAUCUCUCUAAUUAUGCCUUGAGUACGAUUGAGAUUUUUUCUUUCAACUAUGUUUUUGCGAGCGUACUGAAUGAUUGGGAAUUUCAUUCUUUAACAUUCGUUUAAAGUAGAAAAGCGAACUCAAACCUACAAAGGGAGAAAAGGAAAGUGACACAACUUACUGAUAAUUUAAUUAAGUGGAAUAUGAUUCCAGGACAGAGGGGAAGAUUGUUCAUCAAAAAGAUCAAACCUUACAAGGUGUUUCCUUCGUUUCGUCGGAAGGCAAGCUCAAGACUACCUCUGUCAUGUCUGUGGACGACGAUAUCCCUAGUGGCAAUUGUUUAUGCACUUGAAACGAUGUACCUGAUGACGACUCAGUCGGCCCAUCAUGUUAAGCGUCUCGUUUGGAGGCACCGGGACACAACCAGUGACGGUCUAUCUCAAGAAUCACCACUUAACCUUGGUAACCUUGGGGAGGAUCAAGGAACCUUUCAGAAUAUACGAAGGCGGAGUGACAGUGUAGGAAAGGUGCACCGAGAUCCCUUUCAAAUCAUAAGACCUAUUCAGAGUCCAAUUGAAUUCAAUGAUUAUCAUGAUACCAUCAACAUCCACCCACCAAAUCGGAAAGAAGUUAAUAGUCGGAUGAAUAAGAAACCGCGAAGAAAUGCAAGUUCAGAAAAGGAAACCCAAGUUAAUGGUUCUUUUUACAAGUCCACAAGAAAUACCGAAGAAAACUCACCAAAACCAAUAAAUGACUCCUUACGAAAAGAGCAUGUGGUUAUACGAGGUAGAAGGUAUUACAAAAACUUGAUAAGAUCUAUAAAAAUACUCACGGACCAUCAAGAAAGUGGUAUGAACGUUUCAUUUGGAAGCAAGUUGGUUGAAGGUAUGAACAUUGUGAAUAAUAAAAGAGAAACCCCAAUGGAAAGCAGGAAAGACUUCGGCCUACGUAAGCAUAUCAACCAAGGUCUAAAUGCCAGUUCAUCCAUAAUAAAUGGUGUAAAAAACCGCCCAAAGUGUACCAAAGUUAUAUCUAUAUACACACAUAAUAUGAACCCUUUCGGAUAUUGGCCAGAGUAUAGAGAUCUCCAAUGGUUGUUCGAAGAUGGCCGAAGUUUGGGCGACACUGACUCUCCAACAACUGGACACGUCGUCUGUCCAUACCAGCAUUGUGAUAUCAAGCUCAUACCAACUGACAAUAAAACUCUGCUUGCUGCUAGCGAUGCCAUCAUUCUAAAUGUUACCCCGGUGCUAUCGGCACCUAACGCAAGCAAAAUUUCAGAAAGACUCCUUAUUUCUCUUUCGACCGAGAGAGCGAAGAUUGUUUUCUACGGAAUGGAGAGUCCCAACAUGAUGGUUAAUUGGGACAGUUCUAUACGGGAUGUUUAUUUCCAUUAUUCCAUGACGUACCAUUCAUCAAGUGAUCUCUUUCACCCAUAUGGGCGGUACAUCCCAGGAUAUCCCAUGGAUGACCUUGAUCAGUCCAUAAACUACGCGGCGGGAAAGACCAGACUAUUAGCAUGGAUGGCCAGCAAUUGCUACUUAACAUUUUGGCCGCGACGCGAGUGGGUGUUGCGGCUUAAGCAGUUCAUUUCAAUCGAUAUACACGGUGAGUGCGGUAAUGUAACCUGCACACCAAGGUUAUCGAGGAAUUGCGCCAGAAUGAUGAAGUCGUAUAAGUUCUAUUUGGCAUUGGAAAACACCCAGUGUGACGAGUACAUCACAGAGAAGUUCUGGGAUAACGGUCUUCUGAACGGCGUUGUCCCCGUCGUGUACGGCGGGCGAAGGGAGACAUACGAGAGACUCGCGCCACCUGGGUCAUUUAUCUUCGCUGCCGACUUUGCUUCUCCUAAAGAUCUUGCCGACUACUUGAUAAAACUAGGUAACGACGAUGAGCAAUACAAUCAAUUCUUUGCAUGGCGGAAGCGUGGCCGGAUCGUAAAGACCUAUCCGAAUCUUAGACCGAAAGCGUUUUGUGGUUUGCUGCCGUUGCUAUCUAAGGGAGAUGGUGAAGAAGUGCCAAUAAGACGUGCAGGGGAUACCCCGUACUUUCGAGGAUGCAGAGAUGAUGAACAUGCGCGGUUCAUUAGACCAGGGGAUAUAGAUAAUUGGUCCCCUUGGAAAUAAUUUAAGUGCAAGAAAAUACAAACAAACAAAUAGGAAAAUUGCUUCCAGUAUAUUCUUCUUUUUUAUUUCCAGUUUUCUCAAGCAUAUGGUAUAAGAAUUGCCUUUACUUUAGACAUAUACUAUAUAUAAUUUGGGCUAUACUGUGUUGAUUAUCAAAUCAAAUUAGUUGGUUGAGCGUCACAGGCCUCAAAUGACAAGGUAGUUUGCGUAUUUCUUGAGAGCACUCUCCUUAAUGUGCAGAAAAUAUGUGUGCUAAUCAAAUGAAUUUCACCCUCACCCCUUUCCCCGUUUUGGGCAGCUUUGGAUGAUCGGAAUCAUCACUUUAAAAAAUCAGAUUAAUGAAAACGUCGACCUUGAGAGAUAUGUGGCAAAAUGGCUGUCAUUUCUAAACUAGUGAUAAAAAUUGUUACCAGAUGUUUAGUUUGUUUUCUUUUCUUUACAUAAAAUGACUGUCUAGCAUCACCAGAGACCUGACACAUUUUCUUUUUUUCUUGGAUGAGGGGGGGGGGGGGGUGAUCAAAACGGCUCUGAUUCUAAUAACUUUGUAUGGUGCUAUGCUAUCUACAGACAACUUUAAAAAAAUUGUGAUGAAUUGUUAAUUUUUAACCAUAGAUGUUACUGACCUUUAAGGCGCUAGAAAUCGAAAGUCGAAUGCAUAACUGUAAUCCCUAAUUUGAUGUUGUUUGUUUGCAAUUCGAUAAACAAUCCUAUUAAUAUCAUACCCCUAAUUUGCAUUUCUUUACUGUGGUAUGUCUAUGUCUUAUCACCGUGACAAUUAAUUUUGGGUUAUUUCAAAAUCAAUUAACAAAAUUACAAUAAUGCCCAGUGUUGGUGCAAGUGUUCUGUAAAGCACGGUUGUGUUUUGAAGUAAAUAAAUAUGAAUUGAGAUGGCGAAUGACAAAAUAGGCAUUACCUGAUUGUGACUUCACUUGGUUCAUUGAGUUUUAAGUGCCAUGUUCAAUUUAUGUGUUAAUCAAACGAUCCUUAUAAUGUUUGUGUCAACCAUCGGCAUGUAUGUAAGCUAUGUGCGUUUUUACUUUGGUCUUGAACCUUGAUGAAUAAUAAUCAGUUUCAGAAGCUUCAAAGCUAUCCUGGGAAAAAUCAGUCUACCAAUCUUAUGAUAUAGUUGAAUAUGUUCCCGUGUUUUAGAAAGCAAUCCACAUUCAAACAAAAUUCCUGAAUCAAUCAACCAAUCAAUGAAUUCAUCAAUCAAUCAAGCU